AUGGGUAUUCCAGCUGCUUUCAGGUGGCUCUCCACCAAAUAUCCCAAGAUCAUCUCUCCCGUUGUCGAGGAGAAGGCCCUUGUUAUGGAAGAUGGCACCGUCGUCCCGGUUGAUGCGACACAACCCAACCCUAAUGGGGAGGAGUUCGAUAACCUCUACCUCGACAUGAACGGCAUUGUACAUCCGUGCUCGCAUCCCGAGGACCGACCGGCGCCUAGCGACGAGGAAGAGAUGAUGGUCGAGGUUUUCAAGUACACCGAGCGCGUCGUCAACAUGGUUCGCCCGCGUAAGCUGCUUAUGAUUGCUGUUGCAGAUGGUGUUGCACCGCGAGCCAAAAUGAACCAGCAACGGUCCCGCCGAUUCCGCGCCGCUCAGGAUGCCAAAGAAAAGGAGGAGGACAAGCAACAACUCCUCAAGAUGCUCCAGAAAGAGAAGGGCAGUACUGCCAAGGAAGAACCCAUUGAAACCGUUGUCAAAAAGGCGUUUGACUCCAACUCCAUCACGCCGGGCACCCCAUUCAUGGAUAUUUUGGCCGCAAGCCUACGGUAUUGGUGUGCUUACAAGCUCAACACGGAUCCCGCGUGGGCCAAGAUGAAGGUCAUCAUCUCCGAUGCCACUGUUCCCGGCGAGGGUGAGCACAAGAUCAUGGAAUUUGUCCGCUCGCAGCGCAACUCGCCCGAGCAUGACCCCAACACCCGCCAUGUCAUCUACGGGUUGGACGCUGAUCUUAUCAUGUUGGGACUUGCCACCCACGAGCCGCAUUUCCGUGUCCUUCGUGAAGAUGUGUUCUUCCAGCAGGGCAAAGCAAGGAUGUGCAAACUCUGCGGUCAGAAAGGUCACGACGAGAGGAAUUGCAGAGGUGAGGCAAAGGAGAAAGCCGGCGAGUUUGACGAGAAGGACAAGGCCGAGCCCCUGAAACCGUUCAUUUGGCUUCAUGUCUCGAUCUUGCGUGAGUACCUUGCCAUUGAGCUGAACAUUCCUAAUCUCCCCUUUCGCUGGGAUCUCGAGCGCGCUAUCGACGAUUGGGUCUUCAUGUGCUUCUUUGUCGGAAAUGAUUUCCUGCCUCAUUUGCCCGCCCUCGAGAUCAGAGAGAACGGUAUUGAAACCCUCAUGGCCAUCUGGAAAGAUAAUCUGCCCGUGAUGGGUGGAUACGUGACCAAGGACGGACAUGUGGACCUCGAUCGCGCGCAGUACAUCCUCAGCGGCCUCGCUAAGCAGGAAGACUCCAUCUUCCGAAGGCGGAAAGAAACGGAGGACCGGAGGGAGGCGGGCUUCAAGAGACGCAAGCUCAACAACCAACAAGGUAAUAACAGAGGCGGCGCCCACGACUCGCCGCUCAGUGGCAGAGGAGGGCGAAAAGGAGCGCCAGAGGCAAACGGGCCGCCGGUGGGGAUGAACCUCUUUCCGGUCGCGAGCAUUCCCAAACCCGUCAUCACUCACGACAUGGUGGUGAACCGGGCCAACGUGGCCAACAAGAGCGCUGCCAGCGUGCUCAAGAGCCAGAUCCAGAGUCUUGUGGCCCAGACUCAGGAAAAGCCCGAGGGCGACGAACCUAAGGAGGAAAACCCAGAAGCUAAAACCCCACCUUCCGCCCUCGGGAAACGUAAGGCGGAGCUCAUCGAGGAAGGUACCGCCACUGCUUCAGAUGCUGCUUCAGAUACCGAAACCCCGGCUACCACCUCGAGCGAGGAAGGCCCAAUCGAUACGGUCAGGCUCUGGGAAGAGGGUUACGCCGACCGGUAUUACGAGCAAAAGUUCAAAGUAGAUGCCAAAGACAUCGCCUUCCGGCACAAGGUUGCCCGAGCAUACGUCGAGGGUCUUGCCUGGGUGUUGAUGUACUACUUCCAGGGUUGUCCCUCGUGGGAGUGGUUCUACCCAUACCACUACGCUCCCUUUGCUGCAGAUUUUGUCGAUCUCGGCAAGAUGAAGAUCAGCUUCGAGAAGGGCAGGAUAUCACGGCCUUUCGAGCAGCUCAUGAGCGUCCUUCCGGCGGCCUCCCGCCAUGCCAUUCCGGAGGUGUUUCAUGAUCUGAUGACCCAGGAGGACAGCCCAAUCCUCGAUUUUUACCCGGAGGACUUUGAAAUUGAUUUGAACGGCAAGAAAAUGUCGUGGCAGGGCAUUGCUCUCCUCCCCUUCAUUGAGAUGCCCCGUCUCCUAGAUGCGAUGAAGACCAAGUCGCAUCUUCUCAGCGCCGAGGACAAAGCGCGAAACGCGCCGGGCCAUGACGUUCUGCUCAUCUCGGAUUCGCAUCCGGGCCUCUAUGAGGAUAUCUCAUCCCACUUCUACUCCAAGAAGCAGGCAGUCCCUGAGUUUAAACUGGACCCCAAGCGGAGCGACGGUCUCUCCGGCAAGGUCCGGAAGAUCGAGGGCUACGUCCCGCAUGGCUCGCUCGUGUACCCGCUCGAGCGCAAUACCAUGCCAGACGUAGACUACGACCGGUCGAUGAGCGUGAACUACGAUAUGCCGACCAGCUCUCACAUUCACAAAUCGAUGCUUCUUCGUGGCUUGAAAAUGCCGACACCUGCACUUGACAGGAGUGAUGUCGACUUUGUUAGGAGUAAGGGGCGCGGGGCCGGCAGAAGCUUUGGUGGCGUGCCAUUGAGGAAUAAUUACAACGGCGGUGGGCGAGGAGACAGGAUCAAUUAUGCCGGCGGGCCUCCCCGUGGCGGAGGUGGAGGUGGACGUGGUCGCGGAGGUUAUCAACAAGACCGCGGCUACGGAAAUGGCUACGGCGGCGGUGGUGGUAGUGGUGGUGGUGGUGGUGGCGGUGGAUAUGGCAACGGGUAUGGUGGCUACCAGCAGCCCGCUGCGCCUGGCCAGCAAUCCUGGCAGCCACCCCCGCCGCCCGGUUAUCCUGGGUUCGGUGUUGGCGUGCCGCCUCCGCCGCCUCCCGCCCAUGCUUCUGGUGGUGGGUACAACCAAGGGUAUGGCAACCAGGGAUACGGCGGCCAGAACUACCGGAACGACCGCUACCCACCGGGGCCGCCGCCACACGGAGGCUACCAGGGAGGUGGUUAUCCGGGGGGCGGCUAUCAGGGAGGCGGCCACCAAGGAGGCUAUCAGGGACAGUAUCACCCGCCUCACGGCCAGAGCCAAGAUCGGCGUCACGACAACAGUUGA